AGCCCGUUACUCAACAACGACCCGAUCGUCUAGUGAAAGAACGAUGGCCUGUGCUAACUUGGCUUUUCAAUUUUCUUCAUGCAUCAAUCGAAGCAAUAUCUGUACGUUCGGCAAAGCGAGGGCUCUGAGCUCUGGGCUUCAAGUUGGGCCGAAGAAGGGUGAGGUCUGGGCCUUCUCGUCGCCGAUAGGAAGCCGACGACCGGGGAUCGACGAAAACCCGGAAGCUAUAAUCUCCGGCGAAUGGCAGGAGAACUUCUCGUUCUUGAGCUUUGAUGAUCUCCGGGCUUAUCUUGAAGCCCAUACUGACGAUGAAAGCACCGAGAAUGGACCAUCGUCCAUGAUGUUAGGAGAGGUGAUGUCGACGUCGGUUCUGACCGCAACAGCCGAGCAAACCUUGGAAGACGUCGGCGACGACCUCGAGCUCGUCUCAGUCAUGCCGGUGGUUGAUGGCGAGCUUAGGUGCACAGGCGUGAUCUCAAAGAGCGAUAGAGCCAAAGCCUCGCAUGAGUUGAAAUCAACGGUUGGUGAGGUCAUGACAUCUCCCGCAAUCACACUGCCUUUCAACAAAACGGUGAAAGAUGCUGCGACUUUGAUGCUCAAGAUGAAGAUCAGCAUGAUACCAAUCCUUAACAAGAGAAGCCAAGUCAUUGGCAUCGUCACUGGCGAUGAGAUAUCUCAAGCGCUAGAAGCAAUGGAGACAGCAUGAUGCUUGAAGAAAAUCUUGAUCAAUCACAGAUAGUAUUGUACACAAAUAAAUGAAUUAUUGAAGGCUGAAUGUGAUAGAUGUUGAUAGUAGAGAGUGUUGUGUAUAAUGAGCUGUGUAUUUUGUUGUUUUCUUCAAUGAAACCCAGUCGACAUGUCUUUUAUCCA